AGAGAGCGACAGGACCAGAACCACAGAGACAUUCCCACAUCAGUUUAAUCUGCUGGGAUGAAAGCUCUGGAACAACUCAUGCCGCUGUGUUAAACUCCUGAUGGAUUUAGAAACUUCAGCAACCUCCUCCAUCCUGGAGCUCAUCCACAUGAGACCAGUAGAGGUGUGGAUGUCCAUCAGACCCAACUGACCCACCACAGAUGCAGAGGGGAGGCAGUAUGCCUGUGGCCCGCAGGAAAGCCAGGCUAGUCUGUGUGAUGGUAAUGCUCAACAUCUGCAUUUUCAUCCUGAUGGGUGUGACGUGGAAGCUUGUAAAAAGUGGCCCGCAGAAGGUGCGAAUCCCAUCCAAGAGGUUUUGGCGCCGACAGAUACGGAGUGAAUCCUUCUGGAACAAGGAGCAGCAGCGUCUGGACGUCAUCUACAACCCCAUCUUUAACCCUGCACUGUCUGGCGAGUCCCUCAUCAUGCAUCCGGAUUGGCUGAAUGACACCGGACCGCUGAACCUCUGUGAUUCUGACUACAGAGUCCUCACACAAAUCUCGGACUACAACUCCUUGCCACAGCGCUUUCAGGACUUUCUUUUGCACAUGCGCUGCAGGACAUACCCCAUGCUAAUAAAUCAACCCCAUGUCUGUAAUGAAAAACCAUUUUUGCUGCUGGCAGUCAAGUCACUGAUCCCACAUUUCGACCGACGGCAGGCCAUUCGUGAAACAUGGGGAAGAGCAGGUGUCUUAGCCAAUCGGACUGUGGUGACGGUGUUCCUGCUGGGCAACACCUUACCGGUAGACCACUUUCCAGACCUGCUGGGGAUGCUGGAUCAUGAGGCGAAGCUUCACAAUGACGUGCUCCAGUGGGACUACAGGGAUUCCUUCUUCAACCUUACCCUGAAGGAGGUCCUCUUUCUCGAAUGGUUCAGCAAACACUGUCCUCAAGCUCGGUACGUUCUCAAGGGCGACGAUGACGUGUUCGUCAACACCUUACGAGUUGUUGACCUUCUGGAAGGCCUAUCGGACAGGGAGGCUAAGGAUUUGUUCAUAGGUGAUGUUAUCAGUAAUGCAGGUCCACACAGAGACCGGAACCUUAAGUACUACAUCCCUGUGAGUGUGUUUGUGGGCCAGUACCCACCGUAUGCUGGUGGUGGAGGAUAUCUGUUGUCUGGGGACUUAGUGACGCGCCUUUACAAUGCAUCUCAGCAGGUAGUCUUGUUCCCUAUUGAUGAUGUCUAUACAGGGAUGUGUCUGAGGAAGCUGGGCCUGGCUCCUACAAAACACACCGGCUUUAAGACUUUUGACAUUGUGAAAAAGUACAGGUCGAGCCCCUGCAUCUACAGGAGCUUGUUGCUGGUUCAUAGCCGGACGCCGCAGGAAAUUUUAGAAAUCUGGCCGUGGAUUGUCCGCCCUGAGCUGGGCUGCCAGUGAACUUUAUUUUUUUUUCACAUUUUUAACAAACUGAGUGACAUGAAAGAGUAAUAUUGGAUAUUCUUAUGCA